CCACAGCUGACCCUGCGCGUGACAUCCGUGGAAACCCGAGUCCCCCCGUGUCCUGUCCGCUCGUGGAUCUGCACAGACCGACGGUGAUGGACAGCCGACAGCCAGGUUUGUACUCCAGUGUUCUUGGCGAGGCCGUGGUGGACUGGGACAGCCUGGGUCCUGGAGAGGAAUGGGUUAACACCGACAGAAACGGGGAAGAGCUCGGUUUUCUGGACUCUGAGCCUCUGAGAGACGCUGAUGAUGAUUUGGUAUCAGAAGUCAACAACUCUAUGACUGAGGAAGAACGAGCAGAGAUUCAGCAAGAACUCAUCAAACUGGAGGAGGAAAUCGGAACCCUGAAGCAGGUUUUGUCCUCAAAGGAGAAGCAGCAGGCCGAGCUGAAGCACAAACUGGGCAUUGGACCUCUGAACGAGCUCCGGAACAACUUCAGCAAAGGCUGGCACGACGUGCAGACCUCCACAGCCUUCAAGAAGACAUCGGAGACGUUGACCACAGCAGGACAGAAAACCUCCGCAGCCUUCAGCAACCUGGGUGGUGCCAUCACGCGGCGGCUUGGAGACAUGAGCCUGUUUGGUCUGGAAUUGUUGUACCCUCGGAGGUCCAACUCCAUAGGCUACUCCAUGCGACACUCUGUGACCACGCCCACCAUCAGAAAUUCACCCAGCUUCAAGUCUUUUGAGGAGAAAGUUGAGACGACAGUGUCCACUAUAAAGACAAAGGUUGGAGGUCAGGGGAGUGGAGGCAGCUUCGAGGACGUCCUCUCCUCAGCAGCAAAUGCCAGCUCACAGGACACGCCCACGAACACCUUGACGGACAGCUGUGAGAGGCCGUGUUAGAACCUGGUCCACGAGGACAGGACCAGGUACUGUUUGGCUGCCGUGAUGGAGCUUGUUGUCCAACCAACUCAACACUGGAACCAGUUCCUGGUUUUACGAUGGGUGGCUCGGACAGGAAAGUUCUCCAACACAUCCCAGGAAACACUUUCCUCCACUUAAAUACCAAACCCAAAAUAGAGAGUUGACCCCAUAUGACUUUGGACCAAACUCAGCAGAUGGACCUUAAAAUCAAAACGCACAAUGACGUCUGGAUUUGUAGGUCACCACCACAAAACCAAAAGCACCUUGUGUCCAACCAUGUGUCCUCUACAAUGUUUAACUUUCUUUUUUAUAAAA